AGGUUCUGGUUCGGGAAACUCUUAGAGUUUCUCACAUGCUCUACCGCGACGAUUCUAUAGAGAGUGUAAUUUGUGGGUCAAGCUGCCGCGGGGACAAUGUAAAGCAUAAGCACGUAAAGGCAAUUGUUGCGAUGCACUAUCGCAAUACAUCGAAAAGCCUUGUCACUGUUGUUAUGAAACACAAAGAGUCGAAGGUCUUCGUCAUUCGUCUUCAAUCCAUACGCGUUCGGCUCCCUGGUGUAAGUCCAGAUUUAGAUUGAAAGGCCACGGGAUACUGGGUCCGAAACCAGCUAAUGCUUGAUUCGAUGGCGAACGAUCAAUUCGGCAUUUGUAAAGUACAAUCCCAAACUUCGGCACCACUUUGCCUAUCUACGAUACUUAUGUUCGAAGGGCCAUCCUCGAGGAUCUUUUGUAAUGGGUGGCUCUCAUCAAUACAUGUGCAAAUCCGCGGGGCUCGCCAGCGCCUCAAGGCGGCCACACCAGACGUACUCUAACAGGACAUUGCUAGACAGAACAAUGUGCAUUGUGACCGGGUCAAGUAUUAUUUCCUGCGCCUCUCGUUGUCAGGACUAUACUCUUUCGUUUCCGGGCAACAAGGACGCUAUCGACGAAUCCACAUUGCGGAGAACAUGUGAAGGAAAGAACCCCCAAUUGUGUGGACAAACAAUGCAAUGCCCUCGAUCUCAAUCGAGUAUAUCUCUGUGUCUGGCAUGAGGCAGGUCUUUCAGCCUCAGAUUCCGUUGACGCCAUCUGGUCCCCUUAAAUAUGGUUCCUCGUACCUUUCGACGCUCUUCACCCUCACUUGGCCUUUCCACUCGUUUCCCUAUUAUUGUGUAUCGCUCCAGUAUCGUAUCGCUCCCUUUUAACUUUUACGCGCAUUUAUGGACGCCCCACCCUUCGCCUACGGCCAAGGCUAUCAUGGUCACUUGGCGCAGCCUCACGCAUAUGGUUGGCCUCGGAUGCUAACACGCAUUGACACGAGUCCUCAGAUCCCUACCGUCGUCUGUGACAACGGUACCUUUCCAUUAUCUGGUCUUACCACUCUGCAGGACCACACGGCCGGCACGUCUGGUCUUGAAGACUUUUUGCGCGACUGUCAACAUGUACCUCGAACUUCGCUCUCGGGCAAUAUCCCUGUAGAUGUUGAUACGUCCUUCCCGUUCCCGGCUCUCGUACCGCAAGUUCAAGACGUCUUUCAGAGCUCCAACACGUAUAGUUCUACUGCGGCUCGAGCCCGCGGCUCUUCCCCGUUCUCUCAAUCCUGCCACACUGUCUUGGCCAACGAUGAAACAGAAUUUGCGGAUUGGUAUGCAUAUCUGGAAACCGACCAGUCAUGUGCAACGCGUGCUGAGCCCCGGAUGUUGGCCGACUGGCACAUUCCAUGUAUCGCCACUACUAGUAAGGACAUGUCUGCACCUCCCCCAGGUCUCGAAAACGCCAUAGUGCCCGCCCGCACUCAACAGCAACUUAUCACGCACAACGUCAGCAACCUCUCGUCCGUGUCGCACAUGAUGCAACCACAUGUGAAUGCCGAAUCUCAAUCUCCUUUUCCGCUACCGCCUAUGCAGACUUUUUCUCAGAUCUCGUCACAUGCUCACUCAGUUACAAAUCCUUCCUUACAGACACCCAACUUUCAGUCUACUACUCCGUGGAAGGAUGAGCCUGCUGUCAGAUCGAACACCCCAUCUUCCACUUCACACCAGCCAGGACCCUCGACUGAACCUCAUGAAGAACAAAUUCACCAAGUUGUAUCCACUCGUCCUACCCAGCAGGCUGCUAAGACCGCUAGCCGACCAGGCAGGAAGAAGAAGAGACAACUCCUCCAACGACCCGAUCCAAAUGCCCUCCACCUCUACGAUCCUCUCGACCGCCGCACUUGGCACCUUCCAGAUGCCAGACUUGGCCAGUGUAAGAAGAUAUCGAAGGUCCUGACAAAGACUGGCAAGCGGAAGAGGACCAACGUAUUCAAACUGAACCCAAGGCUUGAUCCAUCAAAGCUGAUAUUUCCACAGGGUACUCCGCUCUACCGAUGCCAAUGGGGAGGCAACUGCACCUUGGAGCUACCACCCAUCCUGAUCCUCUGGACGAGGCACUUGAUUGAGCAUACCGGAAAAUCUACAGACACGAUCCAAUGUGAGUGGGGAGGUCAAUGCGGGGCCGCAGUUGCAAGUAUGCAUUCAAGACACGUCUUCACUCGCCACCUCUAUGAGGUGCCUGGGUUCAAAGACAAUGAGACGUGGUAUAUGAGCCACUUUCCUGAUGCUCUUUAGACCCUUUCUUUCUUUUCAAUCUUCGCAGGCAUGGACUGAUGGAUUUU